UUGAAGACUCCAAUAAACUGCGUGGAUCCACAUUUGAGCUUUUAGUUAAAUUAGCUGCCGAAGAAGGCCUUGAGUCGCUGUACAGGGGCUUGUCACCGGUUCUGCAGUCACUUUCAAUAUCUAACUUUGUAUAUUUUUAUACUUUUCAUGGUUUACGGAAACUAGAUUCAAAAGAUACAACUGCAGCAAAGGAUUUGAUGUUCGGUAUAAUUGCUGGCAGUAUAAAUGUGCUUUUAACUUCACCUCUAUGGGUUGUCAACACUCGAAUGAAGCUUGAAAAGACAUCUUGUGACAGUCUAAUAGAAGGUCUUAUUGAGCUUUUUAGAAAAGAAGGAGCAAAGGGUCUAUGGUCUGGCACCUUACCAUCCUUGCUGCUGGUUUCCAAUCCUGCUAUCCAAUUUAUGGUUUAUGAAUAUUUAAAAAGACAGUUAAAAUCCCAGGGCUCAUUUCAUACUUUAACUGCAUUUAUUAUAGGUGCUAUCGCGAAAGCUGUAGCAACAACUUUAACGUAUCCUCUACAGUUGAUACAAUCAAGGCUACGCGCUGGCACUAGCUUAAAACCUCUUUUUAGAGAUAUGAAAUCCAAACCUCUGGUAGCAUUCCGUGGACUAGAAGUCAAAUUAUUACAAACAGUUAUGACGGCUGCUCUCAUGUUUAUUAUUUAUGAAAAACUUAUUCGUUUAGUUUUAACGAUCAUGAGAGUAAGAUUAGCUAAGCGUUGA